GAAGUAGCAGUAGCAGAGGUUAAUAUGCCGGCUUGGGCGAAUGCAGUUGACCUAAUGUACCCUCGUGCGCUCAAGAUGACUCUAAAGCCAAGAGAUAUGCUAGCAGGUUAUCCUUUGGUAACCACUUUACUAUGCGUAAGCCGUAAAGAUUAUUUUGCAGCCAACUGGGUGUCUUUUUUAGAAAGCUGUUACCAGAAGUUCAGUAAGGUAAAGGAAGAAAAUAUACAAGACAAAUAUACCCGUCUGGUAACAUUGGGAUGUGUUUCGCGAUUGUUAUGGACUUAUUUAUUUCGAUGUACAGAAAGCGUCUCAGUAACGUACAAAAAAGUAGAUUCCAUUAUCAAAACAAUCUUCCCACCUUUUCGUCGAGCUAUUUAUCCUUCAGACACACCGUUAGAUCACUUCAUUCUAAUAACUUAUUUUUCACUAAUGCGGGAUGUGGAG